AUGGCUCUAAGCAGCGAGUCAUCAUACAUGAUGUCGGUGCUGUGGGGGUUGACAGCAGUUGUGCUGGUGUUUCUCGUGCUACGCGCCUACACUCGCAUCGUCUGCGUGGCUUCCUAUGGCAUUGACGACCACUUUUAUGCUCUGACAUGCGUCCUGGCGGUAGCCUUCAGCUCCAUCAUGCAAGUGGCAGCCGAGCACGGAUACGGGCAGACUAACCUCGACCCCGACACCCGGGCCAAUUCCAGCUUCUGGCGGACGCUGGGUCAGACCUUUUCCCUCGUGGCCACUGGGACGUCCAAGGCGUCGGUCGGGCUCUUCCUGUUGCGCCUCACCGUUGUCAGGUGGCAGAGGAUCACCAUAUAUAUCCUCAUCGUCUUUAUGAUGACGGCCGGUAUUUUGGCCGCCAUAUUCACCUGGGCCGCAUGUCGACCAUUUGCCUAUACCUGGGACGACCGGAUUGAAGGCGGCACUUGUAUCAAUACUGUCCCGUUAUCCAUGAUUCUUGCGAUGGGAACAAUUGGCGUCGACAUCUUCUUUGCCGUUUUGCCAUGGAUAUUCAUUUGGAAGUUGAACGCACCUCGUCGUGAAAAGGUCAUUAUCGCAGGCAGUUUGAGUCUGGGCAUCUUUGCUGCCGUUGCUGGCGCCAAGCGCAUCAUGGAAGUAAAGGGCGUGCGCGACGUUCCCGUCGGCGUCAUUGUCUGGUCACAGACGGAAACGGCCGUCACCCUCAUUUGUGUGGGCAUUCCCGUGUGUCGACCGCUCCUGGCCCAGGUCAUGAAAAAGUACGGCUCGACGCGCCCCAGCAAGCGGUCCAAUACCCCAUCCAACGACAAUGCUCCCCAACCCAUGGGCCUGCACACCUUUGGUGGGAGUCCCAUGGUUCCGGGGGCACGUGGGAUGCAGAGGAGGAGGGAUAUCGUGUCGAGUCUCUUCUCGAGACUGGCGCCCUCUACCGGGGUAUUCUCGAGAGCGGCUCCAUCGACGACGGUCAGGGCCGCUGGUGACAAUCACCCCAUGGGCGACGGGCAGAGCGAGCAAGCCAUUAUAAGCAGCCACGAAAUGACGGACAGCAAGGACGACGAGGAGCGAAAGGAUUCCGGCGCCGAGACCGAAGAGGGACCGGCAGGAGAGCAGCAGCACAAGCUGGCCCGGGAGUGCACCCGUUCUUGGAUCAUGGGCGAGUCCAUUAACUGCAACGAGGUCACCAGCCAGAUGAGUCCGGACGCAGUGCACAAGGACGAUAUCAUCAUGACCACGAGGUCGUAUGAGGUGAAGAGGGGGCAGUCGCCACCUGUUUGA